AGCUGUCCAAGGGGAGGCAGAGACAGCAGGCUCUAAGGAAAUUCUGGCCACAUCUGUCUGAGCCUCGGCGAGACAGGAGGCAAGGAGGAGAAGAGACGAGACACGAGAGGUAUAGGCAGGGCAGCGGGACAAACAGAGAAGCCUGCCCCCCUGCCAAAUUUGCUCAGAUCCAGGGGAGCUCUGGAGACUCAGAAUUUGGAAUCGCAGCCCCUUGCACUGGGAGGGACAGAUGCUGAGGGGCUCCAGCCACUGAAGACCAGCCUCUGAGACCUCAGCCCAAGCUGAAGGACCCAGAGUGCUGAGUGGGUGGCUCACCCACAGGCUGGAAUUGCCCUCCUGUCUCCUUCCCUUCGUCUGCUCCUUGUGUCUCGUGGGGGUCCCAGCAUGGAGGAAGGGGCCGAUUUUGACAGCUACUAUGCCGGAGAGAACCAGACUCUGGAGUGUGACUACGCGGACUGGAAGUCUUCUGGCUCUCUCAUCCCUGCCAUCUACAUCCUGGUCUUCCUCCUGGGCACCAGCGGCAAUGGCUUGGUGCUGUGGACCAUCUUUCGGGGCAGCCGGGAGAAGCGCCGCUCGGCCGACACCUUCAUCGCCAGCCUGGCGGUGGCUGACCUGACUUUUGUGGUCACGCUGCCCCUGUGGGCCACCUACGCCUACUUGGACUACACCUGGCCCUUCGGUGCCUUUGCCUGCAAGGUCAGCAGCUACUUGAUCUUUGUCAACAUGUAUGCCAGCGUCUUCUGCCUCACCGGCCUCAGCUUUGACCGCUACCUGGCCAUCGUCCGGCCCGUGGCCAACGCCAGGCUGAGGCUGAGGGUCAGCGGUGUGGUGGCUACAGCGGGCCUUUGGGUCCUGGCUGCUCUCCUGGCCAUGCCCGCCAUGGUGUUCCGCACAGUGGGAGAACUGGAGAACAACACCAAGCUGAUGUGUUACAUGGACUACUCCCUGGUGGCCGCCUCGGGCUCGGAGCUGGUCUGGGAGGUGGGGCUGGGCGUCUCCUCCACUGCCCUAGGCUUUGUGAUCCCCUUCACCGUCAUGCUGACCUGCUACUUCUUCAUCGCGCGCACCAUCGCCGGCCACUUCCGGAAGGAGCGCGUCGAGGGGCUGCGGAAACGCCGGCGUCUGCUCAGCAUCAUCGUGGUGCUCGUGGUCACCUUUGCGCUCUGCUGGCUGCCCUAUCACCUGGUGAAGACCCUCUACAUGCUGGGCAGCCUCUUCCACUGGUCCUGUGACUUUGACCUCUUCCUCAUGAACGUCUAUCCCUACUGCACCUGUGUCAGCUACGUCAACAGCUGCCUCAACCCCUUCCUCUAUGCCUUCUUCGACCCCCGCUUUCGAGAGGCCUGCACCGCCAUGAUGUGCUGCGGCCAGAGCAUCUGUGCCCAGCCUGUGGAUGCCCCCAAACGAACCACUUCAAGAGCAAGGGCUUGGCUUUUAUGGACUGGGACGGGACGGCGGUAUCACCCCAAAGCCCUGCUUCUUGGACUGAUGUGAUGCCCAGGGCUCAUCUGAAGACCCUGGGGAAGCUUCUCUGGACUGAACUACCAUACCUGUUAGCAGCACAUUGCCAGUACCUGAGGGGAGGGGCUCCUAGUGCUUCCCUUCUCCUUAUCAGGAGCAGUUGUCAUUUUCCUAUUUCGUUUUGUCAUUGUGAUUAAUAAAGCACAUCUGUUUGGA